AUGCCCUUAUAGAUGAACUGCAUGUAUAUAGACGAAAGAGAUAAUGGCUUUGUGGGAAGCUAGUACUUUUAUGAAUCCCUAUCGUAAUCUGAAAAUAUGGUAAAUCUUGAUAAGAUUACAUAUACCUUAUGGAUAAACAUAUAUUAAAAACCAAAAUUGACUGGAAGGUAAAUUUUGUUUGGUUUUGUGGAUGGCAACACAGAUAAUCCUUAUCUUAAUUUAAUGUUGUAUUACUAAUCUUCAGGGGGAAAUUAUAAUCUGACUUUAUCGAAUUAGAAAUAGUCUUCAGAUAUCCUUAACCUAACACGGUAUUCUGAUCUUUAAAUCAAUAAUUAGAGCACAAGCAACACUUUUAUUAAUUUGAAGCUUUUUUCUACAUAAGAUUAAACGAUGAAUUCGAUUCAAGAUACUCUAGUGAAUUAAAAAUUAAAAUAUAAUUUUGGGGUACAUUCUAGAAUAACAAAUGAGUAAUUAUAUAAGUCUUCUAAUGAUUACAAGGCAUGUGUGAAUAUUGCUAAUUUCUAUUAUAUCAACGGAUGGACAACAAUGGAUUCAGAUAUUUAUUUGGACUAUGAUUUAGAAUUGAAAUUCUUUUUAAAGCCUUAUCAACUCAAAGGUCUUAAUGUAUCCGAUUAAUUUAUGAAUGUAAAUCUUAGAAAAUAAUCAAACCCAAUAUUUUAUAGUGAUUCUAUUGGAUUGCUGUUAUUUAAGAAUACACAAAUUGUGUACACUUUUAUGGAGAAUCUAGUUUCCCUAACUAUGAUGUUUUGGAUUAAACCAUAAAAUAUAGUAGCAUUUUUUUAGUUUAUUUCUUUGACUGAUGAUGUAUUGAAACAAGUAAGCAUAGGUUUUGGCGUCAAUUUUGACUAUAAGUUAUAAUUUCAUUAAAAUUAUGGUAAUUCCACAUUAGGUUUACUAACCGAUAGCACUUGGGCUCAUGUGACAGCUGGUGUUUUGGAGCUAAGUUAUGAUGCUAAUUUUAUUCCAACAAAUUAAAAAAAACUAUUAACAGUGUAUAUUGAUGACAAUUAGGUAUAAUAGAAAACAAUUAACAACGUAAUUGCAUUUAAAAGAUUGAUAUUGGGACCUACAGCUACUGGUAAUUUUGGAGCAGAAAUGAUUGAUAUUUAAGACAUCAGAAUAUUCAGAGGGUAUGGAAUUUUAACAGGCAGAGGGGAUUGUUUAUUAUUUGUUGGUGCAUAUUGUGCAUUCUGUUCACCUAAUACUCAUUAUUGCAAAGAGCAAGAUCCAAAUGAUGAUAUAAUUAUCUUUAAUUGUGCAGCUGGUUAUAAAGAAACAUAAAGUGGUUGUUUUCCUAUAGCAAUCUAGAAUUGUCUUAAACAAUAAGGAUCAGGUUGUAUAAAUUGUGCAGAUAAUUAUUAAUUAUAAAACGGAUAAUGCUAUAAUUGCUCAGAUUCUAAUGCAAUAUUUUGCAAAAGAAACAUAACGAAUUCAAUAAAUAACAAGAUUUAAUAGAGCAAACUUUGUAAAAUAGAUUUUAACAUUUAGAAUAGUGCAGCUUAUUGCCAAAAAGAUUCAUAAAAUAAUUGCUAGUAGGCUCAAUUCUAUAAAAAAUUUUAUAAAUGCAAAACUGAUAUCUAUUUAACAGAAUUAAAUACCUGUCAAAGUACAUGUACACUUAAUAACAAAUUUUAGUAAAAUCAAGUUUGCUUAAAAAAGUGUCCAGGAAAAUAUUUAUAUAAAUAAGAUUGCUUCAAUACAUAAAAACUACCUGCAUACUAAUGUAAUAGUGCGAAUAAUUGCAAUAAUAACGAAAAAAAAUAUUGGGUUAUUAUUGUCUAAAAUGAAAAAGAAUAAAGUGGUCAGUACUUACAAAGUUGGUGGCAUAGUUAUAAUUUUAAUGAUUGCGACUUAUCCUGUAAAUAUUGUUUUGGAGGAAAAGAAACUAAAUGCUUGGGCUGUUAUUAUAAUAAAUUCUUUAGUCCUUAUGACACAAAAUACGUUAGUGAUUGUAAUACUCUUAGUUUAUUUAAAUAUAAUAAUCGAGAUACUAUGGUUUGUGAAUUAGAAUGUCCACCACCAUAUUUAACAUAGGGAUUAGAAUGUGUGAAGUCUUGUACAAAUGGUUAUGCUAUUUAUAAUAACACAUUAUGUUUACAAUAAACUCAAGUUACAGAUAAUUUCAUAGAGACUUAGUAUAAUUCUUCACAACCAAAAACUAUAUUUGCUAAUUGUCCUUAAGUUUGCUAAACAUGCACAAGUUAUACAUAUUGUACUAGUUGUCUAAAUCAUUAUAUUUUAAACUAAAAUAAAUGUCCUACCACAUGCUACCCACAAUAUCUCUAUAUUGAUGAAUAUGGUGUGAGUGUCUGUUUAAUUAAUUGUGAUUCAUCUGAUUAUGUAUAUGAUAACGCUAAUAUUGAUGGAUAUUAAAUUAGACAAUGCUUCAAAAUUAAAUGUGGCUCCAUUUAGAUUAAUAAGAAGUAAUAAACUUAUUUACACUAAACUAAACCUCUAAUUUGUGUGUAUCCAUGUGAAGAUCAAUAUUAUGUUCAAUAAAACACAAAUUAAUGUGCUAAAUGUGACCCUAUUUGUUAAAAUUGUUAAAACUCAGCAACAUUUUGUACUAAAUGCUGGCCAGAUAUAUUUCUUUAAGAUAAUAGUUGUUUCGUUUCUUGCGAUUCUAAAUUUAAAAAUUAUAUCAAUAAUCAGUGCGAAGGAUCGUGCUCCAGCGGAUUUACUAUCAAUGAUAAAGUUGCUGGCAUUAUUAUUUAGGCCUGUGUCAAAUUUUGUGGGCAUAUAUUUUCUUAAUUUACUUAUGUACUCGAUACUCAAUGCUAUCAGUCUCCUCCUCUGAUUGGAGCAUAUUGCAUAGGCUUUUAGUGUUAUAAUUGCUAUUAUAAAUGCAAGACUUGUUCUGGUUCUUAAAGUAAUUAAUGUUUAUCUUGUUAUGAUUAAACAUUUUUGUUAAAUAAUUAAUGUGUACUAGAUUGUAAUACUAAGUUUUAUGAUUUGUUAAAUUGGAUUUGUGUUGAUGUUUGUCCAAGCAAUGCAUACACUACAUCUGGCUAUUAAUUUAUUAAUACAAAUUAUAUACUAGUAACAUCUUGUUCCUCUACAUGCCUAUAUAGUUAAUACUAAUAUAAGAACUAAUGUACUGAUUCUUAGCCAGAUGGAACUUACUGCAAACAAAAGACUAAUUAUAAUUUAUGUGAUAAAUGCACAGCAGUAUAUAAAACAUGUUUUGAUUCCUAUUCAACUACUUGUUAUGAAUGCAAUCCAGGAUCAUAUUUAUACAAUACUACUUGCUCUACUGAAUGUCCUGUGGAUAUUCCUUAUAAAGAUACAAUUAAUAAUAUGUGUGUUGUAACUUGUACCAGUUAUUAAUAAGAUGGAUAUUGCGUUGAAAGUUGUUCAGAUAAUUAUUACAUCUAUGAUGCUGACAAAUAAUGUUAUCAAUUUGGUUGUCCAGAAGGAACAUACAACCAAGUUACUACAUUUUACUGUUAUGGCUGUUCUCUUGGAUGUGCCACUUGUACUGAUGGAAUCAUCAAUUCAUGUAUCACAUGUAUAUAAGGAUAUUUUCUGCAAGGUGUAUCAACAUGUACAGAUGUCUGUAAUGUGAAUCCAGAUAUUGUUUAAGAUUGGACUAAUGGAAGAUGUGCUAAAUCGUGUCCAACUGGAACUUACAUGCAAACCUUACCUAGUGGGAAUUUAGCAUGUAGAAACACUUGUCCUGGAUAUUAUUAUUCGAAUAUUUGCGUCCCUGCAUGUCCUGCUCAAACUUUUCCUGACGGAAUAGUUUGCACUUCAUAUGCAGGACCUUGUAGUGUGUGUUAUGGUGAAUAAGUUAACCAAUGCACACAAUGUGAUUCUGGAUAUUACUUGGCUGAUACUACUUUUGUUGAAGUAUGUCCAGAUACAAAACCUUAUGCCAACCUAGCUAAUUAAACUUGUGUUUCAACUUGCCCAGAUUAUUUGUAUUUAGCUAAAAAAAUCUGUUUUAGCCCUUGUCCAACUUUCUUAUCUAUUUAUCAAUUAAAUGGUAAAAAAGAAUGUGUUGAUUCAUGCUAUUCUAAAUCUUAUAUAUCUUUAGGAAUUUGCUAUCCAUGCGAUUCCAUUUGA